CAAAUGCAUAAUUUGAUUCUAAUUGUUGGUUUUACUUAGUACAACUUAAACAAAAUUCCAAAAAUUUUGUUCUUUUAUCCUCUUUUCGCAAAUGUAUAUCUGUGUUAAAAUUCAGAACUAAGUAAAUAUUGCAAUAACCAAUAGCCAAAUAAAACCAAACUUAUUCCUUUUUUCACCACAGAUGUGAAUUACAAAUUAUUUUAAUAAAGUGACAUUAAUAAUUAAGUGACAAUAAUAAUUAAGUGACAAUAAUAAUUUAAAAUAUCAUCUCGAUAUUAGUAGGUAUAUAUAGUUCAUCCUGGAACACCGGCUCAAGGCUCACAAGCCAGGGAGCCAUGGAGGCCAUCUUGGAAUAUGUAUUGGCUACCAUAUUGGAUGACCUUGACCUUGAAUAUUUGACCUCGGCAGCCAUCUUGGAUUACAUCACUUAUGCCAGCAAUCUUGGAUUCCACCAUUUGUUUCCUAUAACUUUCUACCAUUUUGUUUUCUAGAAUUUUCCAUCAUUUGGUGUUUUUAGAACAUUCCGCCAUUUUUAAUAAUGAAAUCAUAUCCAACAUCUUGAAAAUCCAUAAUAAUAAACCUAUAAAAUCAGGAAAAAUUUUGAGAUAUAAAAUAAAUAUAAAAAUUUUAAUAAAAAACCUAAACAUCGAAUGCUCCACUCCUAUGUGUUGUACAUUUCGUUAUACCCACCGUCUUACAAAUAUAUUUACUAUCAAAAUAAAUAAUAAUAAAAAAAUCAUCUGCUGGAGGCAACCAUCUUAAUUAGUAGAGUCCGACAUAUUGAUUUCAUCUGAUGGAUAUUACUAUUGAGUAUCGGUUCCUAAAGUAUCCAGUGUAUGUAAGGUCGAGUUUCUAUUUCCUAUUAGUGUUGUUUUGAACCUUAAAGACCAAAAAAUCCACAAAAUCCACAGUAAUUAUGUUAGUGAUAUUAGUUGUGACAACAAUUUUUUUAAACAUAAUCAUUUAUGAUAUUUAUAUGCAUAGUCUGAGAUUUGUUAUCAUAUAUCACAUUUAUUGUCUCAUCAUUGGGGAUGCGAUGGUUAUAGUUAUAAUACUUUAUAACCUUUCAUCCAACAAAUAUUAAUUUAUUACUCCAUCAUAUUCUUCACAAGACCAGAAAUGCUUUAGAGUCCUCACUGACAUUUAAGAAUCUGACAAGUAAGAAUCUUUUCUUAGCAUGAUUGAGUUUCCACAUUUGUAUUUAAAAGCUGCAUGGAAGGAGAAAGUUUAAUGUUUGUGUAAAUAUUUUACAUUUCGUUCUUUUCUGAGUCCCAUUUAAGUAUGAUUACUUAGAGAAUUGUAGAUUGUAUAGUAAAAUAAUAAUCAGUAUGCAGUUAAAAUCUUAUUUAUGGAAGCAAAAAUUCUCAAGAAGAGAAAACUGUUCACACCAAUCAAAACUAUAUAUAUAAUAACAACUAGAAACUAUGCACACAAAACAGAAACAAUGCAUAUAAAACAGAAACUAUUUACAGAAACUUAAACUGCAUACAAAAAUGGAAACUAUAUAGAGAAAACAAUCAAAAUAAUAAAAAACAUUUAUUCGUCGUCCCCGACAUAUAUGUGAGGGACGUGUGGAUACCGUCCUCGCAUAUCCUGCGCUUGUCAUCCUCCCAUGUUAUGGGCAGCACUGAAGAGCACAUGCUGCCUCGAGUGUAUAGCCCUAACUGCAACUCGUCUUGCGUGGUGGUCCUGCAGAGCAUUCAGGUAAUCACUCAAUUCAAUAUGGAUUUUGACCACGCACUGGUGGAUAACCUUGGCUUUCUUUUCGACCAUGCCACUGUACUUGUAAGUAUAGAGUUUGGCCCACAGACCAACAAACUCGAAAAUAACCUGUUCCCUGCACUCAUCCUUAAACAUCCCAAAGAAUUUCUGGUUGAUGGGGGAGAAGCAAAGUUCGUUGGAAGGAUAGCAGCUAGUGUCAAAUCUGACAUAAAUGAAGGGUCGGCUUUGAGAUCAGAGUAAAAGUCUGCUGUCUGUAUCUCAUAAACAAAAUUAUCUAUGUCCAUGUAUGCUAGUUUAAUAUUAUUUUGGUAUCUGGGUUGCAUGGUAUUUUAUUGGAUAUUAUACAUGAGGUUCUUUGAAACAUCGAGUACUGCUCAUCCUUCAUAUAUAGGCUUGUCAAAAAAUAUGGUUUCGUGAUUUGAGUGGAAAAUGCUAAAAUUUUGCUCAUACAUUGUGCGGACCUUGAAGGACAGACCGCACACCCGCUUCUUAAAUUUUCAUGGAGCACACCAACUCCAUUUUAAACUUAUGUCUCUUUUUUAACAUCAAUUUUUCGAACAUAGAGUUCACAUCAUACGUAAAGAACUCCUUCACGACUUCAUUGGCUAUGGACUGGCGCUUAGUCGUGUUGAGCUCAAUAUAUGGCUCUAACCACGCCAACUGCUCCAAAUGGAGGACUCUGUUCCCGAGAUACUCUCAACCCAUUUUAUACAGCUUGCUUUAGAUUUAUGUAGUGCUCUUUAUUGUCCAUCACUGUCAUCAGCUUAGAUGGUUUUGAGCUGAACGGACACUGAUUGAUGAGGAGAAACCGCAGGUAUUUGCAACUUUUGUGGAGCUCUGGAGGGUAAUCCACAUUACCCUCGAUAAUGUAGCCUGUAUGAGAAUUGUCUUGGACAGACAUGACAUCAAUGGAUGUUUCUGCCAUUGGAAAUGAAGAAUAGGAAGCGACAAUGACAUCGCCCACCUAUACAAAUUAUUUGCAUCAAUAUACUCCAAAAACAUGGAUGGCUUGGAUAUAUCAUAAGUUUCUGGCACGUAGGUGUUGUUUGCCACACAAUGACGUUUGAUGCUUAGUGCUAUGCUACCAUGAAUACCUGCUUCCAAAAACAUAUAUAUCAUAAUGUGUUAAAAGCUCUAGUUUCAGCACUGUAGUACGUAGCAUAGCAUCGAAAUCAAACCCAGGAGAAAAAAUGUAGUGUGAGGGGUCUAAAUUAUUUGUCUCCGGGCACAGACUGCGAAAAUUUUCUAGCACAACUGCCAAGACCAGGAUAUCUGUCUUCAGGUACAAGUCAGCGUAAUCCCCCAAAGUAGUACACCGAAAAUUGUCCCAGACAUUUUGUGCAUGAGCAUAAUCGACCUUGGAGAUCCCAUAAUCAGUAAUAAUAUUGUAGAACUCGCCAAUGUAUGGAAAACUCGUUUCAUCUAAUCGAGCAAAGAAUCAACAAAGUCAUACAGGAAGAUCCCCUUGUGGAUACCUAACUCUAGCUCAUCAGGUGCGAAAAAUUCAGCUGUAAUUAUAAAAUUGUAUGCAGGCAAAAACUCAGCAAGUGAUGAGAUACCGCGACUAAUAAAGCAGACAAUAUCAACAAAUUGGAUACUGAACUUACCCCACAACACCUUGGAAAAUGUUAUCAAUUUUCCUCGGAGUUAGGAAUGAUAAAAAUAUAUUUAGGUCAUACCCCAACUUCUUGAUAAUGAUCUGGUCAUAUGUCAGGUUGUGGAAGAAUACAAUCAACUUCCUCGGUCUGUAUUUAAGAAGGUUGCAGUCAUUACAUGUGGCCUCCAGAUAUUCCCCAGGGAAAUGAUUAUGAUCAUGAACUUUCUUUGCAGUUCCUCCAAACAUUCCACCGCAGUAACAACACGUUGAUGCUUGCAGAAAAGCAGUGUUCUGUGCUUGCGAGGGGGGUGUCAUUUGAACAGACGUAGAAUAUAUUGUCUGUGAAUUUUGUCCGAUUUCAACAAUGCGAGAAAUGAAUCUGUCAUCUACAUAACAACCUAUAUACACUUCAGAUUGGGAUGGAAGUGAAGAAUUAAGUUUGCAGAAAUUAUUUUAUUAUCAGCUUUCACGUAAAUGCAUUAGCUGUAGGCCUUAUGAUUUUUACAAUGUAGUGUGCAUGUUCUUCAGGAUUCGGUCGGCAAGUAUUUAUUUUCUCGAGAACAGUUUAAAAAUCACAACACACAACAAUAGGCAACUUAUCGGCAUUGUGGAAAUUUGGGACUGAAGAAAAUGGGGCUGACCAUUCUCAUCAUGCUGAAGCAUUUCCAAUCGAACAGCAUCAUGUUGUUUGCAGAGCACACUAUGUUUUUCCAAACACUGAAUACCAGUGAGCCCGGCAAACCUUUACUGAUCAUGAUAAUGCUUGAAGCAUCUUUUGCAUACACGAAUAGUAUCAUGAAGUGUAGUAAGUUGGGAGUGCACCUAGGCAGAAAACGUAUUUGUAGAUGUAAAAUGGUAUGAAUUGCCGUUGACCAAGAGCAGAAGAUCAAAAUGAUAUUAUUUUUCUUCUGAAGCGACUCGUGCCGGUACAAUGUUCUGGUUCUCAUCAAUGCUUUAAAUGUUGAUUGAGACACCAGGAGCUUUUUCUCGAACAGAAGUAUUUGCCAGAUUGGAGUAGGAAUCUCGAUCUUCGUGAAGUUUAACUUUCUUUCCACGUCAUGGUAGCGCUGAUUGACACACUCAGGUUUCUUACCCUCCACAUACUUGACCAGAUUAGACCACUUAAAACACAUGUGUUCAUCUAGGUUUUAUGGAUUAAUCACUGCAUGCUUUUCUUUGAUGGAUGUAGGUAUUUCGAUGUAGGAGCUGGCUCGAAGUGUAUCAAGCAUAUUUAUGCUUAGUUGAAGUCGCUUAUCAGUAGACAAAGUCCAUCAAGACCCCUUAGCCAUGUAGUCUUCCUCCUCUUCGCAGAUCUUACCGAUGGAUACGGUAAUGGCAUUCUCUGCCUAAUGACAUGUGUAGAGAGAAACAUUCAUUUCUUUGAAUGCCCUCUUGUCUUCACUGGCAUCAACGGGAUUUUCAUAAUCACACUCAAGCACGAUGUUGUACUUGAGGGGACCAUUCUUCUCAAUCUCCUCUAAAAGUUGUCUUACAUGUUAAACCUUGACAGAGUCCAAGUACUUACAUAUAUCCUUGGCAGAACUGGUGUUAUUUUCUGUCCCAUAUGUAUUCAAAUUGCAUGGACUCCCACUUUAGCAAUUAUGAAGCAGUGAGAGUUGGCCAAACCUGCUCGGGUAACCACCUUUGUUCGGCUGGUGCUUGGCUUAUGUGUAUCUGCAGGCUUAAGUGCUGUCAUCCUCUGCUUCUUGGACGAAAGUGGAACAGGGCCCUUGCGCAGUUUGGUGUGUGCUUUCAAAUUGUCAGCCCUGGCGAACUCUUUACCACAGUUUUCACAAGAAUGCACUUUAUCGUUAGAGUUGAGACCACAAUCUGUCUUCUCGUGACAUAUGACAUCACUAGCAUAGGCAAAGGUCUUGUAUCAGAAACAACACCGGAUGUUUGAUGUUUUGGGGACAUCACUAGUACAUGUUGUCAGAUGCUGCUGCAUCUUAUCGCUGCAAGCAACCCUAUUGCACUGCUGGAGGUCGCACUGUAUGUUGUUGGUACACUGAUGUUCAUGCUGGUAGCGGUUCUUAGCUACUGUAAAGGUAGCAGGACAGAUACGGAAUUUCUGUACGGUAGAUGCCAUCACAACGAUCCAUAGUCUGGUCUCAAUGUACGGAACACACAAAUAAAGCUCGAUAUAUGGAGAACUGUAACAAAAUAAUUGAGAAAACAAUGUAGCUAGCUGUUACAUGAAAACAUUUGCAUACAUAAGCUCAAACCUACAUAGCUAUUAAACUAACCUUAACCUUCCGUUAGGCGCGCGCGCCUGACAGGUGCAUUCUUAUCUUGUUUAUGUUCCCUGCACGAGGUCGUGUGUCGGGGAGGGGGCUGCUAUCGUCUAGCUUCCUAACUUUUGUUUCUUCUUUGGUUAGUUCAUGCAUGACUGUUGACGGAGUUACUUCAAGGCUGUGGCAGCCAUUUUCACCCUGCAGGUGCAGCGCGACUACUGACGAUGGCUGGGAAAAAAAUAAUUUAUAACUUGGAUAAUCCUGAAGACGUCAAGAAAAUCCAUAGUAUGCUGUUUGAUGAUACUUCGGGAGAUGAGGACUUUGGAGAACAAUCUGAUUCUGAUAGUGAAGAUCAGAUACACAAGCGAGAGGAAAAUUCAGACACUGAGCAAAGCUGUAAUGAAUCAGAUGGUGAUGAUCCCGGUAAUGCAUCUUACUACAUGGCAAACCAUAAGAAAAAUGGUAAGAUCGUCGAUUCGUACCAAUGGAACAAAUGCCCAUGUCCGAACAAGAGGAGAAGAGGUAAGCAAAAUUUGUUAUUACACAUCCCUGGGGUUAUAGGAACAGCAAUGAAUGCUGAAACCAUUUUAGAUACCUGGCUUAUUCUUUUUGAUGAGUCAAUACUCGACUCUGUUGUUGCAUGGACAAACCAACAUAUUGAACUUGUAAGACCUCAAUUUAAUCGCCUCAGAGAUGCACGUUCGACGGAUGUAAUAGAGAUGAAGGCUUUUAUGGGUUUGUUGUACCUAGCUGGUGUGUAUCGUGGGUCACGCCUGAACUUAGAAGACCUUUGGGAUCCCUCUGGGGAUGGUGUUGAAACAUUUAGGCUCACCAUGUCCUUAAAACGCUUCCGAUUUUUGAUGAGGUGUAUUCGAUUUGACAACAAAGAGACGAGAAAUGAAAGGAAAGAACUAGAUCGAAUUGCACCAAUACGAGAAUGUUUUGAAACAUUUGUUGCUAAUUGCCAGAAAAGUUACUCUCUUGGAGAGAAUGUCACACUUGAUGAAAAAUUAGAAGCAUUUCGGGGUCGUUGCGGUUUCCGCCAGUACAUUCCCUCCAAAACCUGCCAAAUAUGGAAUCAAGAUCUUUGCACUUGUAGAUUCCAAAAUGUAUUACACUUUCAACAUGGAAGUAUAUGCUGGGAAACAACCAGGUGGACCGUAUGCUGUCAGUAAUCAUUGUACAGAUGUUGUUCAUAGGAUGGUAUCGCCCAUAGUCAACUCAGGACGAAAUGUUACUACUGAUAAUUGGUUCAGUGAUGUUCCACUUUUGAGUGAUCUGGUCGAUAAAAAACUAUCCCUUGUUGCCACACUGAAAAAAAAUAAAUGGCAAAUCCCUGACGUAUUCAAACACAUGGCUAACAGAAGUGAAAAGUCUAGUAUAUUUGGAUUCAGAAAAGAAGGGACUUUAGUUUCCUAUGUUCCUAGGAAAAACAAAAAUGUAUUUCUCAUAUCCAGCCUUCAUUUUGACGAUGCAAUCGAUGAUUCUACUGGGCCUUCAAAAAAACCGGACAUCGUAACAUUUUACAAUGAAACUAAAGGUGGUGUGGAUACGGUGGAUAAAUUGUGUGCAACGUAUAACGUGGCGAGAAAUGCUCGGCGGUGGCCUUUGGUAAUAUUUUUUGCUAUGCUCAAUGUGGCCGGUAUCAACGCACAAGUCAUUUACUCUGGAAACGGUUAUGUUGUAGCCAACCGCAGGACAUUUUUACGCCAACUUGCCAAAAGUCUUGUUUCAGAAGAAAUGACACGACGCAGUGCUGAAAAACAGAAUUUACACAUAACACUUCGGCACAGAUUGACAGAAGUAACCAAGCAGCCUCUCAAGUGUAGGGAAUCGAACAGCAAAUCACAAGAGAUGAACGACCAAAACAAUAAAAGGAAAUUGUGUGAGCCUUGUCGCGAAGACAAACAACGCAAAAAUACCAAAUAUUGUUGCGCUACUUGUGGCAAAUAUUUGUGUUUGAGUCAUGUCACUAUUAUUUGCAAAGAUUGUUAUGAAUGUAAGACAUCUUCUGCAGAUGAUGGUUUGGAAGUUGAUAGUGAAUAAGUGGAAAAGGCCUGUGAGUUGGUGAAAAAAAGACAGCUGAAAAACAAACAGUGUCUGCAAUUUUUAUAUUUUAUGUGUUCUCUGAAUUUUUAGUGCUUUUGUUUUUUCAUUUUAUCAUGCUAUUUUACUUCAAAACAUAUUUCCAUCUGGACUCAUUUAUACGAGAAGAAAAGUUUGUAUAUUACCUAUUAAUUUCACAAAGAUUUGGAUUGUGUAUGUACCAAAUAAGAAGUGUAAAUAAUGCAUGGAAUUAAUCGAAAUAUAAGAACUUACAUAUUUCAUAACAUAUCUCACUAAAUUAUGUUUUAUUUAAAUACUGAAAAAUAAUUUUAAAAUAUUAU